CCAAGAAAAUUAGUAGUAAAAUUCAAAGGGCGUGCUAGCCGUGACAGCCCAAUGACAUUUUUUUGGAAUUUUCUUCUUAUCCAAACAGGUACCAUACACCGAGAUCAUCUCGACCUCUUGUGGUUUUAAUUCUCACUAAUCCUCAACCCCACUCUGUCAUAUGUCUUCUUCUUCUUUUCUUGUCUCUUCCUCAAUUUCAAAUGUAGUUCCACUCUCUGAAAUUCAUUCCAUGCUCAACCAUUAAACAAAAAGGUAUGUGUCAUCAGCUUCAAUUCUCUGUAGGUAGACUCUGAUUGUGGUGUCUAAGCACAGGACAACGCAUAAUUUCUUGAAUUUGAAACUGUUCGCUUAUGAUUCAUGUUAUUGAAAUGGCUUUAUGUAAAGGAGUUCAAAAGUUGAUGUAGAUUUUCCCUCCAUUUUUUCAAAAUUUGAAUUCUCAGCUAAUCAGAGCCGUUUCUUUGGUUGUUGAUUAUUGAUAAUUGGUUUUGGCUGGGUUGGUUCGAUUAAUAUGGAGAGGUUUGCUCAGAGAGAAAACGUUUUACUGAGUUAUUGCCCUCAAAAACCUUUGAAAGACUCAGAUAUUGAUUUUCACGACGUCUUUGGCGGCCCACCGAGGCGGUUCUCGAUGCAGGAGAUGCGAUAUAGCUUCACUAAAAGCAUGAAUUCUACUGGAAACACAACUAGGGGAGAGGAUGAUAGGGUUUUGCCUCAAAAUCCGUGGUCUGGCCUGAAUGAAAUGCCAGUGUUUGGCGAGGAAACUGUGAAUCAUCGGCGAUACACGAGCGAUGACUUCUUUGAUGACAUUUUCAGGGUAGAUGAGUCUUUGAGUUCACCAAGAAGGUCUAAUCAAUACCCUUCUUGCUCGACCCCUGGUUCGCUGGUCUCGACCCCUUCCCAUUCUCUUCGUUCAAGAGCUGAUCCUUUUGGCAAUUCACUUCCUGCUCAAUUUCAAUUAAGCCUUCCUGCCAAAUUGACAAAAACAACGGAGUUUCCUGCAUUUGCUUCGAGCAAUCGCAGUUCAUACAGAGGCAAGGAUCCCGCUUCAAAUGGGAUAAAUUGUGUAUACACACCAAGCUCUCCUCUGUCUAGACAGUUAAGUGAAGCUUUCCAGGAAGAGGAUGAGUUGAGAAGUGAAAUUCAUCAAUCUUAUCGCCCAAGCCCUUUGUCCCAUGAAUUUUCUCUUAGCAACAAGGAGCCACCAUGCAUAACCAAAUCUGGUGAAUUGGAGUCAAUGGAUAGAGGCAACUUGAAAAAGGAUUUGAAAAACACAGAAGCUCCAAGCAAUAGCAGCCGGUUUCACUUCUCUAUAUACAAAUGGGCAAGCAAAGCGGUACCAAUGCAUCUUAGGUUAGGUAACAGUCCAAAAUCAAAAGCAAGGGUUAAAACUAAGAGAUGUUCAAGCUCUAAUGGAAGGAUUGAACGUGACACUAUAACUAGUAAUGGUUUGGAAGCAGCAAAUGGGCAUGAUUCUGAUCUUCACUUUCUCAACUAUAGUGUAUCAGCAAAUAAUGAGUCCCCUUACACUGAAGGCAGGAAGCAAGAUAGAGACUCACUUCUUGAAACAAGUACUGAAGACAGAGUCGAACCUUGCCAUAUUGUUGAGGACACGGUUCUUUCCAUGCCACGAUCAAUUUCUGUCAACAAGAUUCCAAAUACCGUCAAAACUGUAGCUGGUGAUGCCAUCUUGAGUGAUAAAAGAGAAGAAAUAAAAUCUCAUUCUGUGUCUGAAACAGGUGUUGAAAUUACAGAAAAGGGGAUUGCUACAAGUAUGCAAGGAGCUCAGAAACCUGAGUUGAAUCAUCUGCGUUCUCCGCUCUAUGAUACAGAUGUGGGACAAGCAGGUAAUGAUGAGUUAAUUAGAAAGUCUGAAGGGAAAGAUAGCAUGGUGAAAAACAUGACAGUAUCUGAAUCAAAUGCUGAUGUCAGUAAAAAUUUAAAGGAAUGUGAUGACAAAAGAAUUAAUUCAAAUAGAGAAGAAGUGGUUCAAGAGAAUGAACUUCACUCGCAAGAUUCAAGCAGAACAUCUGGAGACAAUCUUGGGAGAAAUGGAGCUGAGGGAAAGGUCAAAGAAUUUGUUAAGAUUUUCAACCAAGAAGCUACUUCACAACCCAAAAGUGAUAUCAAAACCAGAAGCCAGAGCUCUCGAUGGAGAAGCACAAGCAGUUUUGGAGCAGACAAUGAAGGAAGUGCUAACAUAACCCAAAAAAAUGGAAAAAAUCAUUUUCAUAGCGUGAACAAGACAAAAACACCACCGAAUGCUUCCUUCAAGGUAGACAAAAAUUUUGAGGAGUUAGAGCAACAACAGCCCCACUCAAAGACCAGAGUCAUUAGUGUGAGUGAAAUUUCAGUUGGUCAGAAAGAUGCCUCAGCAUCAAGUUCUGAGUCACGUCCUGAUGGUUCUAAGGUUGCAGUUGGAAAUAUAGAUGACCUCUUCCAAGAGGACUUUGUGAUAAAAGAAUUAUCUCAUGACCAAUACAAGCUGUUACAGACUGAGGAAGGUUACGACGAUAUCCAAAUUUCAGAUGCUAAAAUUCAGCAAUGGUCAAAUGGGAAGGAAGGCAACAUUCGCUCAUUGCUGUCUACUUUACAAUAUGUUCUUUGGCCUGGGAGUGGUUGGAAGCCUGUGCCGCUUGUUGAUAUAAUUGAAGGAAGUGCAGUGAAGAGAGUAUAUCAGAAAACAUUACUCUGUCUGCACCCAGAUAAGCUACAGCAAAAGGGUGCUGCUUCACAACAAAAAUAUAUUGCAGAGAAAGUUUUUGAUAUUUUGCAGGAUUCAUGGGAUAAUUUCAAUUCACUUGGUGCGAUAUGACUUACCUGUAGAAUUCUCUGAUGGCAAUAGGACACUUGUGGAGGACAACGAUCGUGUGUGCUAUUUUUGGCAAGUCUAUAUGCAUGUAAAUGUAAAUAUCAUUUUGACAUUUUAUAUAGAUUAUAUGCAUGGUUUCUUGUAUAGGACAUUUACAUACAUCAUGUUGUGCUUACUAGAAAAGUUGAGUGAGAAAAACUUUUCUACCAUACUUCUUGUUAUGCUCUUUGGUCACAAUGAAAUGAACUGAAGUUGAUGCACUUUCAAAAAUAAGUAAAUAAAUAGGUUGUUUUAA